AUGGGCAGUUACGCGUCGCGAUCUGAUAACGAUAAGGAGAUGCUACUCCAAAUUAAUCCCCUGAUGCCCGAAGAUCAUUCCGUCAUUCACCUUUCCAGGUAUGACAACAUGAUGAACUUCGCCCCUUAUCAAGAUCAAUCCCCGGAGCUUGAGCGCGCUCUAUCGCCUCCCCACCCCGACAGCCACCGAAUAUCUCCAAUCCUCCGCUCACCGCGAGCCUCGACCGACCUACCCUCGCCCAGUCACUUUGCUAGCAACGGACAUGGCAACACGGGAUUUGGACGAGACAUCGAGGGUGGCCAUGUGAGCUUAGGGGCCUUUGAAACAAGUCUACCCAUUCGCAUGGAUAUCGAAGCGGCACUAGCGUAUCUGCUUCUGCCUCCCGCGGGGGGUGUAUUCCUACUACUAGCUGAACACAAAAGCGAUUAUGUGCGAUUCCAUGCUUGGCAAUCGAGCAUGUUAUUUGCUACCAUGUUUAUUAUUCACCUACUGUUCUGCUGGUCAAGCUUUCUCUCCUGGGUUUUGUUCAUUAUCGAUAUUGCUUUGAUCGGCUUCCUUAGCAUGCAUGCUUACCGAGAUGUUGAUACUCUGGACCACUUCGAAGUCCCAUUUUUUGGCCGUCUAGCUAACUCCUUUGUUGAUGAUGAAUGA